AUGCCGGCGGCCCGUGUGGCGGCUUGGCCCAGCCAUUCAUGGCUGCUUCUGCAGCUUGUGACUUCGGCUUUGGCGUCCUGUGUGUUCAGACCAGACUCUCUUCGACAGUCUGUCGUUGUGCAAAGCAUCAAUUUUGAUGGCGCAUACAGCUUGAGCUUGCAUGAAGGCCUCGGCUGCUUGGAGAAGAUCGUCGCACCAUACGCAGCGGUCAACCAGUCUUUGCACGCCGUCGCGGACUUUUACGAGCAGUUCUACGCUUUCCGGUACAUAUGCGCAGACCCCGCAGCCUCGGAUCAGACGCAGGCACCGCCUUUUGACUACGGAAUCUACGGCACCCCGCGAGGAGGUGGAGCAUCCGCAGAGGCUGCACGCGUCGACCUUGUAGACGAGCUGCGAGCGCUCGCAGUAUCGCUUCCGAGCAAACCAGGCUUGACAGAUUGGUAUCUUCCUGCCAACUCGAUCUUUGCGAGGCUUCGAGAUUCCCACGUUGACUGGCGAAACGGUGGCACCAAGGUCGACUCCAUACUGAACCAGUUCAUCUUCAUGUUGCAAGAUGACCGCGCGCAGAAGGCAGUGCGCAUUCAGGUAGCUGCAAGAGACGCCGUCGUUGUCAACGGCUUCGCAGCACCCAGGUUCCUGUCUGAGGGUGGCGAGAUUGCCAGCAUUGAUGGGCUGCAACCCAUGAGGUGGUUCCGGCUACACGUGCUAGAGAAUCCGGCCUUCAACUACGGCUUCAAGAGCGUUGGUCCACGGGCCAACAGCUUCUUCAAGUUGGGGCGGAUUGGUCUUGCAUGGUUGGGCAGCAAUGUGGGCGAUGUGUCUUCACUGAAGCCCUCGGUCAACGUGAGCUUUGCUGACGGCUCGGCUUGUACAUGGAGUUGGACAUGGCUGUGGCUGACCAGGAACUUGGCAUCGUGCAAGCUCUUCGAUGCAGCUUGCGCCGUCAAGUUUCUGGAGGCGCACCUGACAAACUCCAGCGCGCUCUUUCAGCAUGCAGCAGAGGCAGCCUCCCAACUGUCCUCGAGACAUGCCGACGGCCGCAGAUCCGCGAAUGUGAUGGUACAUUCGGCAGAUGCGGACAUGGUCGAGCUUCUCCGAAAGGAGCCUAGCCUGCGGGCACUGCUUCGGAUCCAGGAGGAGAACAUCCCUGGCACAGAGGCGCAUCGGCGAGUGCUUGCACAUCUGGGUCUCAGGGAGCGCGCAGGUCAGGCUGUCAGCCUUCUUGCUUUGCCUCCACGCCGCUGGCUAUUAAACCCUGCCGCCAGUCCGCUCGGGGCCUCUUAUGGCUACUUCGAGUUUCAAGAAGACGAGGGUGGCAAAGUCUUCGCAGUGUUCAAGCUCAGCCGCCUCUACGUUAGCUCAACGGGAUCUGUUGGCUACGAUGCCAAGAUGGAGUUUGUCAGCUUCUGGAAGGAGUUGGUGUACACAGCAAAGGAAAGGGGCGUGGAUCGCUUGUUGAUUGACGUCGCCGGAAAUGCCGGUGGUUUCGUGGAUCUUGCAUAUUUGCUCGUUCGGGCACUGUACCCGUUCUUGGAGUUCCAGCAGGUGUGCAACACAUACGACAGGCCUGUGGGAUCUCUGUACAAGGCUUGGAGGGAGGUCGACACCACCCCCCUAGCAGCUUUCAUGGACGAUGACACGGCCAUCCGGCAACGCUUGAAGCAGAUGACUCCAGAGGAGCAGGCAGCUAUGAAGUCAGUUUUGCAGAAAAUCACCAAGGCUUGCAUGGAGAUGGAUGUUUUGGACAUGGACGACGUGCUGCAAAUCCAGUCUGCCAUCGAUUCCUUGGACACAGGGGAGGUGGACGAGGAGAGCUUGCGCGGGACUCUUGAGAUCCUGACUGCAUCAGCUGAGAGUUUUGGAAAUCCUUUCUCGCUAUAUCUUGACGGUUAUGCGGCAAAUGGCACCCCGUUCGAUCCAUUCAAGUCUGCGCGAACGGCGCGACGGGGCGGCAAGCCUAACGUUAAGCUGACAGAAUUCUUUCGCAUUGAGGACUGCGUUUUGGCAUUUACCCAAAAAUUUGUUGAUGCAUUUAGAGGGCUAGAGCAUCCGUUUACAAACAUUCUGUUUGUGUCUGACGGCGGUUGCGGAUCAUCAUGUGACACGUUCUCCCGGACUGCGUACAUGAUUGCGAAGAAGCAGCAGCAUCAUGGAGGUUCGAGGCUGCAGAUAAAUUAUGUAACUUUCGGUGGACUUGGUGGAUCCUUUGACGAUGCACAGGGCACGCUGUCAGCGACGUCAUUUCCUGGAGGGAACUUGAUGAUGGCCGCCAUGGCGCAAUUGUACAACCCCAUCUAUUCCGCUGCAGCUUUAGGGUAUCUUGCUGCCGAAUGGGCCGGUUUGGGUCCCAUGAAGAGGCAGCUUGCACAUUUUCGUACUUUCGUUCCCCAGUAUCCGUAUUAUUGGAACAAUCUGCCACAGUACCCUCAGAGUGAGAUGUACCAGAACGCGUUGGGAGAUGAUGCCCUGCCUGCGGAAUUCUAUUUCUUUCCCACGGACAUGUACUUGCCGGACUGGUAUGCGGACGUAGUCGGCGAGCCACAUGAGUGGAAUGAGUCCGAACUGAGACGUCUGCACGUGGACGCAACCAAAGCAUUCAAAGCUGUGUCAAUGAUCUUAUCGCCUUCUGCAGCCUCUCGGGAUCUUCUGGGAAGGCAGCCAUAUCCCGGCACAGUGCUUCAGGGCACCAGUUUCGCUUGGUUGGUAGGUCUGGGGAUCUUGGCUUCCACCGCGCUGUUCCUCCUGGUAGUCUUCGCCUUGACAAAACUUCCGGAGGGACUACGCAUUGGCUUUUCGCACCCAGAACUGCAUGAGCACAUGGUGAGUGAUGAGGAGGCUUCUUCGUAA